AUGUGCCGCACAUUUGAUCCUCAGUCACUCGCCCAAGAAAACCCACGGAAGGAAAGAAAGCCACCGGGAAGAAAGCCCGGCGCUAGCACUUCGCUUAUCGGUCCACGCCCCCGCCGUCAUGGUCCUCGUGGCGCGUUCGUGAAUUACACAGCCGCGACAACAGGACGCGAUGGAAAACGCGUCACGCUAUUAACUUGCAACUCUUUACUCCAAUAUGCUGACCAGGAGAAAUAUGUCGGUUUCUUCUGGGACGCGUAUUUACCCGGAAGCAAAUCUUUCACGCCAGAAUCGGGACACUAUACCGCGAUCGAAUGGACCAAUAUUGCCCAGUCGCCGACUGGGGAUCUCUUGGCGGUGCGGCUCGCCAUUGUCGCCAACAGCCUUUGCAUGCUCGGGAUACGACACCGAGAAGACAAAAUGAUUCUACAAGGUCACCGAGUAUAUGGCCUUGCUCUCAGCGAAAUGCAACAGGCAUUAAAACGGCCCAGUCGACUUGAUAUGGAUGGCUCGCUGAUUGCGGCCUGGUUGAUUGGGCUCUUCACAGUGAGAUUGAACAAUUACGUUAAAAUCCAAUGA